GACUUAACCGCGCGUAUAUAACGUAAAAGGAAAAACAUGUCAGUGUAAAGUAAAAAGUGUUGGUUAUCGCGCGGAUUUGACCGUUCUCCAGGCGUUUUAGAAAUUCUGAAAGGAUUGAUAUAAAAAAAUGUACAAAAUAAAGCAGCAUAAAUUAAAAGUGGCUCUUUGUAUGGCUGUACAAAUAAAUUUUAUAAAUAAUAAAAGAAAAAGAAGCAUAUGGGUGAAAAAAUGGAUGGAGGAUCGUAACAAAUAUGGUCACAUGCCACUAUUAAAAGAACUAAGACAAGAUUAUCCUAGUGAUUUUAAAAAUUAUCUUCGUAUGGACGUUGAUACAUUUAAUAUAUUAUUAGAAUUGAUCUCACCUAUUAUUUCUAAACAAAACACGAAGAUGAGAGAAAGUAUUAGUGCGGAGGAAAGACUAGCUGCCACAUUACGCUACUUAGCGACAGGUCGCUCCUAUGAAGAUCUUAAAUUUUCUACUGGAAUAUCACCAUCUUCCUUAUGCUACAUCAUACCCGAAACAUGCAAAGCCAUAUAUCAGGUUCUUAAAGAAACUUAUUUGAAGUUUCCAAAAACGAAAGACGAUUGGUGCCAAGUAGCAUCGGAUUUUAAAAAUCAAUGGCAGUUUAUAAAUUGUGGGGGAGCCCUUGACGGGAAGCAUAUACGCAUUGUUCCGCCUCCUCAUUCGGGAGCUCAAUAUUACAACUACAAAAACUUUUAUAGCAUCGUUCUACUAGCGCUUGUAAACGCAAAUUAUGAAUUUAUUUACAUCGAUGUUGGGAAAAAUGGAAGACAUUCCGAUGGAGGAAUUUUGGAGUACACAGAAUUUUAUGAUAAAUUGACAAAAGGUCAAUUACAUUUGCCGAAUAAUGAUGAAACGGAGAAACAUCUUAAUUACGUUUUCUUAGGCGAUGAAGCAUUUUCACUGCACGAAAAUUUUUUGAAACCGUAUCCUCAAAGAGAUCUAUCAUUGGAAAAUAGAGUUUUUAACUACCGUUUAUCCCGUGCACGCAAUGGUGUUGAGAAUACUUUUGGUUUACUAGCUGCACGUUUUCGAGUUUUACACACAGCCAUACACAUUACCGAUCCACAAAAUAUCACCUACGUGGUUUUGGCUAUUUGUGCUUUGCACAAUUUUCUUAUAAGACGCACGACUUCUUAUGUACCUCCCAGAUCGUUUGAUCACGAAGAUUUGGCGACUCACGAAUUACAAAUGGGUGAAUGGCGGAAUAGCAGUACCGAACUUACCAGUUUACGAACAAGUACGCAAAAAAAUGUAACAAUAAACGCUAAAAGUAAUCGCGAGAAGUACAAACAAUAUUUUAAUUUGAAAGGAAAAGUUCCGUGGCAACUUGACAUGAUAAAGAAAGGAAAAGCUUAAUUUAUAUUAUUAUAACUCACCUGUGUUAAUAAUUUUUUUUUACGCCUGUGUCUGUGUUUUCUUGUAAUUCAGUAUCCUGAGAUUCACUUUCAUUAUUAUGCUCUUGUAGUAUUUGGCAUUCAUUAUUCUCUGCAUGUUCUCCUGCCCCAUUGUCACAUCCUGCCUCUAAUUCGUCCGUAUCCAUAUUGCUUAUACUAGCGGUUGGUAUUUCCUGAUCACUGGUAAAUAACAAUAGGUCGUAGUACCAUAAAGUGGGUAUGUAGACAUCAUCUGCCCCAGCUCCACUUCGCAUUGAUUCUGCCACCUUUUUUACUUCCUUGCGAAAAGAACCUCUGAAGCUUUGAAUCUUUUUUAUAACAUAGUCUUUAUUUGCCUCAGGAAAAAUGGUUUUGCAGACCUCUACCAAUUUCUCGUAAGCUUUAUUUUUUAGGUUUUUAUUUGUAUAGUCUUUUGACCUGACCUUCCAUAGACACGGAUACGAUUUA